AUGGGUUGUUGUAGAGAUUUCAUAAGCAAUUUGCCAGAUGAGAUUCUUGGGAAAAUCCUGUCUUUAGUUCCGACAAAAGAGGCAGCUUCGACAUCGGUUCUGUCCAAUAGAUGGAGGGGGAAUCUGGUGGGUCUUGUGGACACCCUUGCCAUCGAUGAGUCAGUGGUUGUUUACAGCAACGAAGAAGAAGCAAGACUUGGUUCACAAGGCUUCUUAGAUUUCGUGGAAAACACGUUUUCUCUGGUAAGCAAGAUAAAGAAACUGUCUCUGUCUCAUGUACCUAGAGAUGGCCAUAACGAUGAUUACACUCGUCGUGUCUACGAUUGGAUUUGGUCCGCAAUGGGACAAGGCAGUUUAUUGGAGCUACACCUGCUCCCAGGUCCAAUGUCUUAUACUGUUUAUCUACAGUUGGACUUGUUCACAAGCAACACAUUGGUUAAGCUCUCACUAUCCGGUGUCUAUAGUUUUGUAUUCCGCCGUGUGUUUUUACCAGUGCUCAAAUCGCUCUCUCUAUUAUCAGUUACUGACCUUAUUAAGAGCAGCCAUCGUACGCUCCUUGAUGGCUGCCCUGUCCUUGAAGAAUUAGUCAUGACAGAGGCUUUUGAUAUUAACUGGCCAUCUUAUGGCGCCUUGGUGGACAACGAAUCCCUCAAGCGACUUGUGCUGUUUCUCGAUUUUCCGGAAUGUCAAGAGGAUCACGACUUCAUGGUUAUCGUUGCACCAAGUCUUGUCUACCUCGACUAUUCUAGUUAUGUCUUCCAAGAGUAUAGUGUUGAUUUGGAUUUUCUUGUUGAAGCCAAGCUGGAUCUCAGGUUAUGGGAGUCGACUUAUGAUUAUUCUGAUGCCAAUGCCAAUGCUGAUGAUAAUGAUAAUGAUAAUGAUGAUGAUGAUGACGACGAUGAUGACGAUGAGGCUGAUGAGGCUGAUGAGGCUGAUGAUGGUGUUAUAUUUGGCGAUGUUACAGAACUAAUUGCUGCUAUAAGCAACGUGACGACCCUUCACCUGUCUGCUAAUUCCCUUGAGGCGUUGCAUUUCUGUUGUAAAUCCAUGCCUGAGUUCAACAACCUCCAUAGUUUAUUUAUCGAGAGUGACAAGGAUAAAGGUUGGCAAGUGAUGCCACUUCUCCUCAAGAGCUGUUCAAAUCUACACACUUUAGCCAUCAAGGGACUUGUGCACAGAGUAACAAAUAGAUGUGGAGAUGCAUGCGCCUGCAUCCCUAAGAAACCGAUGAUAACUGUGAAGGAGAAGGAGGAAUUAUGUUGUUUAUGGACAUGUCAAGUGAUGGUGCUAGAGAUUUCAGAGUAUGGAGGUUCUUUUCAAGAGCUUGAACAGAUGAGACAUUUCUUGGGCAAGUUGGAACGUCUUGAAACUAUGAAAGUUAGUUUUGACUCGCACAACAAGGACACGACUGAGUUGUUGCGAGCUAAUCUGCUGGCCCUCCCCCGAGUUUCAUCAAAGUGCAAUAUACAUUUCAUCUGA